AUGUCUGAAGUAUCUUCUGGACAAGUUAAAAGUUAUUAUAGAUGGUAUCAUGGCGAGUGGGAGCCAUGUAGCGCUACAUGCGGUGACACAGGUACCCAAUACCGCGUUGUCUACUGCCACCAGGUAUUUUCGAAUGGGAAGCGCAUCACCGUUGAUGAUGCAAAUUGCACCGCGGAACGUCCAUUCGUGCAACAACCCUGUAACAGGUUCUCCUGUCCGGAAUGGCAAGCGGGUCCCUGGAGUGCGUGCUCGGAAAAGUGCGGUGAUGCACACCAGUAUCGCUCGGUAACGUGUCGAAGUGCAAAAGAAGGCGAGGAAGGGAAAUUGCUGGCAGCUGAAGCAUGUGGUACGCAUAAUUUGGAAAUGCAACGAAAUUGCAACCUUGGACCGUGUGAGGGACUGAAUUUUUUUACAACGGAAUGGAAACUGUGCGAAAAAUGCAAUGAUACGAAGGAAACAAGAAAUGUGACAUGCAAAGAUACAACCGGACGAGCUUAUCCCCUGGAGAAAUGUCUCAGCGAUAAUACUACUGAAAUUCCCGUUGAUGAACGACCGUGUGCUUCACCACAGCCUUGCAUUUAUGAGUGGCAUUCAUCGGAAUGGUCAAAAUGUAGCACUGAAUGUGGACAUGGACAUAAUUCCAGGCGUGUUGUAUGCGCAAUACAUCAGCUGGAUGAUCUGACAAUUGUUGAAGAAUCGCAUUGCAACAUGGAAGCGAAGCCAGCUUCGACGAAAAAUUGUACGAAUGAGGAAAAAUGUAACGGGACGUAUUACACUGGGCCGUGGAGUAUGUGUACAGCAAGCUGCGGCGGCGGAACACAAAAUCGAAUGAUUGUUUGCCUGAACUAUGACAAAAAACCUGUACCGGAUUGGUGUGAUGAAGCGGAGAAGCCAUCGGAGCAGCAGGAAUGCAACACGGGACCUUGUCCAACAUGUGAUGAAAGCGAAUUUGGCUGCUGCCCGGAUAAUGUGACAUUUGCGACUGGGCCUUAUUUGGCCGGUUGUUCAAAUUGCUCGACAACGGAAUUCGGUUGUUGCGCAGACAAUGUUACUGAAGCACAGGGCUCGAUGAAAGAAGGCAAAGAAGAAAUGUGCGAGGUUGUAAACGAUCAAACUGGUGAAACUGCAACUGUAGCAUGCAAAAAACCGGAAAAUGAGACGGUUGAUAGUGAUGCAGAACUGUUCGGAAAUGUAACAGGUCAAAAUGUUACUAAGCACUGCUCGAAAACGGAAUUCGGUUGCUGUCCAGAUUGGGCCACGCCAGCUGAAGGAAAAGAAAACCAAGGAUGUCCUCUCUUUGUGCUUGGCGUUUGCAAUGAAACAACGCACGGCUGCUGUCCGGAUGAGGUAACACUGUCACGUGGUCCCAACUACGAGGGUUGCGGAGAGCCAACCUGUGCUGCGUCUCUUUACGGUUGCUGUAAGGAUCGCAAAACAAUUGCGUUCGGACCGCAUUAUGCUGGUGAUUAUUAA